CCCACCCCCCUCCCCGCCCCCCACAAGUCCGUCACUUUCUGUGCGCGCUGCGACCCCCCGCCGCGGACCCCCCACCCGAACGAACUACGACGAGGCCUUUCGGACCUCAACAUCGCCCAAACCAAGAAGAAACAAUCCAAAACCGACUCAACCGACAGCGACUUGAAGUAUUACUCCGAGCCCGACGCCAAGAACUACUUCGAAAUCGACUACGUGUUCCUCAAAGAGUUGCGGAAGAUCGCUCGCAACAACUGCCCCAAGUGUCGCCGCAAGCGCUCCGGCAAGCAUCGCCGUGACGUCACCGACAACAAGCGCAAGUCGGGAGGCAUAUCGUUCGUGAAGGAGAACUACGUGUUCUGUAACGGACGCUAUCACAGCGAGAAGGAACAUUGUCAGCUGUGUUGCAGGAUCUGCAGUCGGUCCACGGACACGCUCGACUCCGCCGGCGACUCGUACUCGCUGGUGUCGCGGAGCUACAGUCAACCACCAGCCCCACGUAAUCUAACACCGAAAAAGAGACGCGAAAGGAGAAACUCGAUACAAUCGAAUAAAUCGGUCUCGUUUCUAGAAUCGAGUAACGACGAAUCGAUUAAAGACGAGACCAAUUACACGGCUAAGAGCUUCACGAACGAUUUGAAGAGGUUUCUGCUGAAGCCUUCCGCGCCCAGGCAGAGUCUCCGAGAUAAGUUCAUGUCGAGCUUCAAGCAAGAAUUAGAAGCCACAAAGAAAUCGCCGAAACUUAAAGCUAUUAAAGGUUUGUGGAAAUCUUACUGACCGUAUGCGAUUCGAUACUGUCUUAAUACACCGACCAGUAUUUUAUGACCCCCGUCGCGUAAAGUUCACGUCGUACCAUCCGCGGCGACUCGCUCGUGCGGCGCCAGACGCUGUCCGCCGGCCGCGACCAUCACAGACGACCCUAGCAAAAAUUAAUUAUUUAUAAUAUUUUGGUGCUUGAGUUGAAUUUAAGUUUGUUUUAAAUCUUUCACUACUGACGUAAGUGUGUUCAUGAUUGGUCUAAAUAAAUGUAUAUAAUUAUCAACAAAUUAGGUGCUAGAUAAUUUGAACUAUACAAAUUUUUUUUCUACAACUUUUUACUAUACUUAUUGUCGAUGUUUAUAUUUGAAAGGUUUGCGUGUACUUUAUGUGAAACGCGUUAGAAGCUAUAAUCCUUUAACCUGAAAACGUAGAGAUGAUACCUUUAUGCGCCCGUGUGAUAAACGAAGCAUUCAUGAUGUGUACGCGAUUGACGUCUACGAUGAAGGAAGUAAUAUUGUGCAAUUCAAAUAAUUGUCUAAUUCACUGAAUUUAUAAUCUUGCAUAAUUACUGGCGGCAAAUCUUAUUGUGUUGUGGUCACACUGUCGCCUGUGAAGUGGUGUAGUAAAUUUCCAGCCUCGAUAUGGCAAAAUAAAUAAAUUGCACAACAACAAUGAAUAAAGAUUCGUUAUGUGCAAUAUUAAUUUCACGGAAUUGAAACUUGUACCUGAUUAUUUAAACUUGAAUUUAAAAAAAAAAAUGUUGAUGUUUCGAAAUUUAGAAUUUUUCCCUUCCCUAUUGGGGUGUCCAUAAAAUGAACGUUAUGGUAUGAAGUUACAAAUUGUACAAGUUUUCUACUAAAAUUUGAUGUUUUGUAUUGAAUUGUUAAGUAAAAUUAUAAAAAAAGGUCAUUGCAAUAAGAUCAUAGAAAUGAAAAGGUGCCAAACUUCAACAUAGCAAACAUGGAAAUUAAAUUAAUUAUAAUGACUUAAAGAUUAGAAAGAGUAUGUUUUACUCUUUUAUCAUUAUUGGAGUCAAACAAAGAAAUUUAGAAAGAAUUAUCUCAUUCCUACUCUACAUAAAAGUAAUAACUACCGUAUUAUACAUUAGAGGCAUAUCCUACGCAAAUAUUAAAACGACAUUGAAAGCGUAAUGUUCAAAAUUUACAUGAAAAAUACUUAAAACGGGAUAGGUGUUGCCAAACGAAGAAAAACAAGAAAUGCUGCCACGUAGUAAAAACUACCAAUUUAGUAGAAAUUUUGAAAAUUAUUAGUAAUAAUAAAGAAUUUCGUAGAGAGCAAUAAUAAUUUAUUAGUAAUAAAAUAAAAACACGUUUUUUAAUCGUAUUAGGAACUUAGGGAACAUUUUAAUGAAUUUGUAUAGAUGUUAUUAGUAUUAGUGCAACGGAAUGUAUAUCGUAUUAGUGUUUGAUAGAACAAUAAUGUUACAAUUCAAAGUGCCUUUAUUCGCAAUCAGAUGCUAUCUUUAUAUCAUUUAUGUAUUGAACAAAUGUUAUAUGCCGUCAUAACUUCUAGAUCGAAAUGCAAACAAACAACAAAUUAAGUAAUGAUCAUUAUUAAAAAUAAAUUUUGAAAAAUACUCAAUUGAGAAAAGCUUGUGAAUUCGUUCACGCAAAUCGAAUGAGACCAAACUGCAUGAGUUUUGUUGUUGCUCACCGAGGAUCAGGUCCGCUCGGUGACUUGUUGUCUGGCGACCGGAUGCCAACGUUAUAUGGUCUCUGCGCAUCUGACACGGUGUCCAGUGUAACGCGACCUCGGCACCAUGAUAAUGAUACAAUUAGAAACAGGUGCAAAUCGGAAAUACAUAUGUACAUAUAUUAAUUACGUUCAUAAAUUUCUACAAAGCAAUAAUGAAAAGACAAUUGUCUUGUGAGCGAUGCUAAUUUGGACCGUGGACUGUCGAAAUGUCAUCUCACAGAAAGUUCUGGACGAUUGCGAAUAAGGGCGAGCGUGAAUAGUUUUUUAUCGAAAUUUAUCACGGUAAUGUAGUGUUUAUUAGUCACGUUUUUGAGCGUUACGGACACGGAGAAUGCAUGGAUAGGAGUAGGUGUUUAUAAAGUAGAUGAACCUUAAAGACUGUAGUUUAGACUUGGGAGCGGCCUGGUUACGUAUAUAUUUGUAUUACAAUGAUAGUUAAAAUGUUCUAGAAAAAAUCUUUUUAUGUCCCAAACGACGGUGUUGACAUGUCUGACGUCGCGUCAUCAGAUAUUAAAGAUCGGUCGGUUAUCCCUUUGUAAAAUCAAAAUAUGUCACCUUUAAUAAGAUAUUUAUUCAUUAUGGACAAUUUAUAUAAUUCUAAAUAACACCCAAGAUUGUAAAGGUUACAUAUAAGUUAUAAGCUUAUACACUAAUUCUUGUAAAACCGAUUUUUGCUAAAAGUAUAUUCGGCCUAGUUCUGAUAUAUAGAAUUCUACUUUUGUGUGACGUCACGCCAAUGUGCUUAGUGCGAGUAUUUUAACGUUCUAGAUAGCGUAAAAGUUAACUCAAAUUUGUAUGAAGCCGGAACGUUUGUCUACGUUUGCCGCUAGGGGCGCUGUUCCAUCUGCAUACAAAUUUAAGUAAACUUUUACGCUAUCGAGAACGUAAAAAACCUCGCACUAAGCACAUAGAGCAACAUGCGGGCGACUCACCAAUGUGUUGACGGCAAACAAAAAACGACUUUAAUGCAACACCGUACGGACAAUAAUUAAUUCGAUAACAAAAAAAAGGUUUAACAAUUAAUUAGGCAUCAGUUUGGCCGUAUCCGUAUUUUUGAAUUGAUUUAAUGAUUACAAUAUUGAAAGCUAUGAAUUAUGUCAAUUGUAUGUGGAUUUGAUUAAGUUAAAUGUACAUAAAUCAAAUGAUUCACUUGUAUAAGUAUAUUUCAGUGAUCAGGUUGAACUUAAAUACCCUAAGUAUUGUAAAAGAAAACGAGCCGUCUUUGAGAAAAAAAACUUAUUUUAAUAAUUUUUAAAUUGUUUUUUAAUCUAUUGUCUUGAAUUGUAAAAUAUUGUUUUUAUUUCACACAAAGAACAUGUAUUAUCUCAGCCAUUCAAGAAUGUAGACUGUUGGAUUAUAUCGAUCAGUUUUUCAAGGUUAUUUAAUGCUUAUAUGAAUAUAAUGUUCAGAUGUCACGGACGUUUUCGCAAGCUGCUUAAAUAGAAACUUAUAUAUAUUAUUAUAUGUAUAUAAUAAAUAAAUACUUGCAAUCACGGUAUUAACAUACCUCUAACGUUGCCUAAAUAGGGCUGACAGUUUAGUUCUGUAGACUGUUGUUUGGUUAUGCUUCAGGCUUUGAUGUUAUUUCUUUGCGAACGGUGGGUUGAUUCGUGUGAGGUGUCUCCCUAUUUUAAGUUGAAGGUCAAAUUAUUAAACACAUGCAGUUUUGUAGAACAACCACUUCUUACAUUGUUCUACUUGUUCAUACUUAGAUGUUAUGUCGUGGAUAGAUUUUGUUCAAUUUGAUAAUAAUCUAUAGAUUAACAAAAAUUGUAUAGUUUUGUUUGUUUGUUAUGAUUGGUGCUUUGUUUACUACAAAGUUGAUUGUAUGCCACUUUUAUCGACAUUCUUUUGAACUAGAGAUGAGAAAACAAGUGAUAGGGAAAUGUAGUAUCCGUCGAGUUCUAGACUAAUGUUGACACGUGAAUUUGUAUAUAGCUGUCUCUGUCGCACAGUGCUUAGUCGCAGUGCGGCUAGAUUGAUAUCUAAGAGCUCCAUGAAAACUACUCUCUAAAAGAAAUGACUACUUUAUACUGUUUUGCGCACGGUACUUGUGACGUCACCGCAGGUAUUGUAACCGGCUAGUACAAUGAAGCUAAAACUACUUUAGACACUGAUUACAUGAAAAUUUUUAUUGAAUUUUAUAUUAGAUAUAUACUACGUGACAUUGCCCCAGAGCAAGACCUACCUGAAUUAAAUUUGUGAGUAGCAAUAUCUAGGAGUGUGAACGGGAUAGCGAUAUGUCCUAUGACAAAGACGGAAAUGAAGUUUGACGUGUGUCAAAAAAAGUACAGUAACUUAAAAGAGUAACUACCACGUAUUGUGAAUUGUUCCAGAGAGAAACUAUUUUAAGCGGGGAAGAGUUUAAAAGAAUAGUAUUUUGUCAUCGGUGUCUAUUGCAGUUUUAGCCUAAAUAUGUUAUUGCAAAUGAAAAUAACGAUUGAUUAAAGAAAAAAAAGAAAAAAAAACGAUCUCAAUGAAAUAAAAAGUGAUGAGGCUUACAAGACAGCACAUUUAUAUUAGAUUUAAGCUUAUAUAUGUAUGUACAGAGAAUAUAAUUGUUUUUUAGACGCUUUAUAACUUAAAGCUGGGAUAGCGAAUUGUGGAAUGCCGCGAACGCGGUGUGACUAAUGCUUUUAAAUUAUUUUUUGGUAAUCAUUAUUUGUAUUGAAAAAUUUAAAUGCAUUUUUUAUUACCAACACUGAUUACUCAUGCUAUUGAUAUUGACGCAGCAAUGAAGAAAAGCGUACAAAAUUCACUGAAUGUGAAUAUUAAAUUUUCUUAAAGUUGCACUUCGUAUGGUUACAAAUGUCACGGACACGCUGUAAUUAAUUUAGAAGCAAUUGUUGAUACUAUUUGAUACAAAGCAUGUUUAGGAAUAUAUGAAAAACACUCAUUUGUUGAAUCCCCACACGCACCGCUCAUACGUUGAUCUUAGUAUCAAAUUGUUAUUAUUUAAUUAGUUGUCUUCGCAGAAUGAUCUUGGAUUUCGAAUUCACGUAUUAUUGUUUUCUAAAUGACUCAUUCAUUUUGGUAAUUAAAAACGAACGGUUUAAAAUAGUCAUGUUAAUUGUCAAAGUUACAAAGAUUUGACACAGUGUAGUAAUCCCAUCCCAAAUUCGCCAUCCCACAGCUAAAGGAUGUAACGUUGAGAAACGUAUGCGCUUUAAGUUUUCUUCGGAGCUUAUGCGUUUCAUUUAGCUUUACGCGUAUUAAUUAGUUCGUUAAUUAGAUAAUUUUUGUUUUUUUUUUAGUUACGUUUAUCAGUGACCGUUUUAUAUUUAAUCUGUAUAUAGUUUCUUUGUUUUAAGAGCUUUUUUAUUGUUUCAUUGUUUAAAAUUAAAGUGCGAAGCUUAAUUAAAAAGCUUAAAAGUUUAAAAUGUGUGUAUCUCUCUCCGGUUUUAGGCAAGGUAAGAGACGGUAGUAUCUAAGUAAAACAGGUGGUGAAAUAGGCAUCUAUCUUAUGUCGGACUUAAGAAAAUAUGGCAAUUUAUUUAUAUCAAAUCUUCAGUUUUUUUUUAUAUACUAACAUUAAUCACGAGUGAACCAUAGUUACCAUAAUUUAAUCAGUUGAAUUCAAUAUGGAAUGCACAAAAAUAAUGUUGAAUCAAAAGCUACCUAUAUAUGGACUGUUUAUUUUGAAAGUGGUGUAAGUCCAUUUUCUUUUGUUUCGAGAAAAUUAAAGGUUACUUAUAUUCGUUGAUUUAAAAAUACAGGCAAAUCAUAUGAGGUCUGGCUAUGCCACCUACCACUGUCAAUUGGACUUACACCACUUUCAUAAUCGAUCAUUAUGCAAUUUCAUUUACCGACCGAUUUUGAGUUGUACAAAACAUGGGAUUUUUUUGAGAAAUUAAACACGGACUAGUUAUUUAUAAAAAAAUUACAUUAAAUUGAGCAUGAAUUACGUGAUAGCUCAUUUUUCUCAAAAAUGGACUUACGCCACUUUCAAAAUAAACGGUCCAUAUCUCGGCAGAGUUGUAAGGUUGAAGUUAAGGUUGUUGAAAUUUUCGGUAUAAGAUUAUAUUUCAGAACAAAAAUCAAAUUUUCAUAAAACGAUUUGUGAUAAUGUAAUUGGUUUCGGUAACGCUUUAAGACCCCUGGAUUGGCGAACGUGAGCCAUACAUAUUAUAAUAAAAGUAUUUGUCGUUGGUUGAAAAUGAUUUAAAGCAGAAAGGGUUGAUUUUGUUUUGUUAUGAAAUUAUGACCUUAUCGUUCUGGAAAAGUGGAUUACAAUUUAAGUGGGUGUUAUAUUGAUCUGAUAUACAGUAUUUAAGUUUUGCUCCUUCGCAUUUUGUUUUAUGACGUUUUCAUUGUGAUGGCUAUUUAAAAAUUUAUUAUCAAAAUGUAAUUGUAAUAGAAAAUUUGUUGUACUGCAUAAUGCAAUAUUUCUACUCAAUGCCCUGGUUUUUCCUAUCCUCCGGGGUCAAAUCCCCUGAUAACUUUACGUCUUUCUUUACGAUUUUAUGUCAUUUAUGACUUAAAGACCGUCUCUGCCAUGUCGCUUGAAUGUAAUUGGAAAGUCCACCUCUUUUGCGCUUCCUUAUAUCUUGAAUCUAUAGCCCAUAUGAUCUAAACUCUGAUGCAUUGCAUGUCCAUACUAGCGGCGACUGUUUGUCCAGGUUAUUAAGAUUUUAUUUCUCAAACGAAACACACAGAUUUGAGACAUUAAUCUUUUAUAAUAAUCUUUUAUAAUUCAAUCCUAUUAACAUGUGAAUUUUGUUCGACUUAUUUCCAUUUUACAUUUCAAAUAUAGUACAAAUUCUGCUCGUACCUUUCCUAAAUCAUCAAGAAUAGAUUACAACAAACAUUUACAUACGGAACCCUUUCUUUAUUGACUUUGUAAAUUUUCAUAGACACGUCAGAAUGGAAAGCCCAUACAGUGAAAACGUCAUAAGUGAAUAUACGUUGAAUAUUAUUAGGUUGCGGUUAAAGAUGGUUUUGUAUGCCUGAACCUUUGUUUAAUUAACUCUGAUUUGAUUAAGUCGUUUGCUAAUACACGCGCUGUUCUUUGGUUCUAAAUGAACACGUUUAGGAUUCUUGUUGUAUCAUCAUUAACAGUCAGUCGUUGGGCGUUCAAAAACCGCGAAAGUUUUUUUUUUUAAAUAAAAAAAUCUAGACAGGCAAAAGUGAAUAUGCGUUUUGGGACGUGCGGUUUUGAUUAUCAACCCAUAAGAACAAGAGUUUUUAAAUAAGAAAUUAAAGCAUUGAUUGUAUUUAUUAAUAUUAUUAUAAUUUUUUAAUAAUUAUAAAUAAAUAAAUAAAAAUUGACAAUAAUCAGUAUUUAAAAUUAUAUUAUUAGAUUUAUUUUGUAUUUUACAAUUUCUUGUUAUACUGUAUAGAUGUAUUUAUUAUAUUAUGUUGAUGUUUGAUUAAUUAUUAAUAAUAUUUUUCUGUAUUCUAUAUUUGUAUUAUUGUUUUUUUUUUUUACAAUUUACGGUUUUAGGUUUAAGAAUAAUGUUGUGAAUAAAGUUUUAAAAGAAUAAAUAUGUGAAAAUCAACGAAUUGUUUACAACUUUAGGAAGGAGCAAUAAAAUAUAGAAGAAUGUAA